ACCGCACGUCCCGUUUGCUCAAGUUAUGCUACUACAGUAAUUUGCUGCCGUAUGAGGGUGCGUAUCUCUACAUUUCUUGCCAUAACUUAAGCAUGGAGUCACAUAAUUUACUCCGCGCUUCAUUGGAUGCUUCCUCUUGGAUCUUUUACUGUUUUUAUAUUGUAUAUAUGUAUUGGAGCUUUCCAAGGUUUGCAGACAUAAAACGACCCACCAAGUCUUCUACUGACCGAAAGCCGAGCACCCUGCUGAGCGCCAUGGAGAUGAAGAUGGCCGUCAACGCGGCCAACUGGCUCGUCGGCAAGGUGCUCAGCAAGCUGUCCGACGGGCUGGUGUCCACCUACAUGGCCAGCUCCGAGCUCGGCAGCAAUUUCCUGAACGCCAAGAACCAGCUGAUGUACACACAGGGGCUGCUGUCCGCAUCCGUGGGCAGGGACGUGGGCGACGAUCCUGGCCUGCGCGGACUUCUGGGGACGCUGAGCAAGAAGGCCGACGAAGCCGAGGACGUGCUUGAUGAGCUCCACUACUUCAUGAUCCAGGAUGAGAUCGAUGGCACCAAGGAGGCUGCUGCGGAGGUGGGCGGCGGCAUCAAGGGCCAUUCGGUCCAUGGACGCCAUGUUGCUCGCUGCACCCUCGGCAACUACCUUCCGUGCUUUUCAUCUCCGCGCACUCUAGGUGACGAGCCUCCUGCAUUUUCUGAUGCUGCUGCCACCAGUGAGCUACAUAGUGAACAUAUUAAGUUGCCAUUUAACAGAGUAGCCAUGUCCAAGAAAAUCAAGUCUGUCAUAGAGGAGAUGAACUCCAUAUGCCUGCUUGUCUCUGACCUGCUCAAAGUCAAAACUGCAAACCACAGUAGCAUUGCAUUAAGCAGACAUGUCACCAUUGAAAGGCCUCCAACUGGUUCCAUAGUUCCACAAGAUAGAAAACUGUAUGGAAGGAAUGACAUUUUUGAGCAAACUGUAAAUGCACUCACCGGUGGCACCUACCAUGAUAAAACCCUCUCUGUCCUGCCUUUCGUUGGCCCUGGGGGCAUCGGAAAGACGACCUUCACACAGCACCUGUAUAAUGAUGAAAGAAUCAAGGGGCACUUCCCUGUCAGGGUCUGGGUAUGUGUUUCAACUAAUUUUGAUGUGAUUAGGCUCACCAGGGAGAUACUUGGCUGCAUACCUGGAACUAACACAAGCACAAUUGAACCAACAAACUUAGACCAACUUCAGACAGCCAUUGCAGAGAGACUGGACUCCAGAAGGUUCUUAAUUGUGUUGGAUGAUAUGUGGACUUGCAAGAGUGCGCGUGAUUGGGAAAACCUAUUGGCCCCAUUCACAACAGGAGGAACCAAGGGCAGCAUGAUUCUUGUUACAACUCGAUUGCCAUCUGUAGCACAAAUGGUCAAAACAACUGAUCCAAUAGAGUUGCAUGGUUUAGAGCCUGAUGACUUCUUUGCACUGUUUGAAUCAUGUAUAUUUGGUCAUAACAAACCCAGGCUUUAUGAUGAUGACUUGGUCAAUGUUGCAAGAGAUAUUGCAAAGAAGCUAAAGGGUUCGCCACUGGCAGCAAAUACAGUUGGUCGACUGUUGAAGAAAAACAUCUCUUGGGAAUAUUGGAUGGGAAUUCUUGAAAAGAAUGAAUGGCAAAGUGCAAAAAAUGAUGAUGAUAUUUUGCCAUCCCUAGAAAUCAGCUAUAAUUACCUUCAUUUCCAUCUGCAGAAAUGUUUUUUUUAUUGUGCCCUCUUCCCAGAAGAUUACAAGUUUUAUGAUUUAGAAAAAAUCACUAAUUUCUGGAUUGCAGUGGGCAUUGUAGACUCAAGUUGCCGAAAUGAUAAGAAUUACUUAGACGAACUAGUGGACAAUGGUUUUCUCAUAAAAAAUAGUGAUAGGAAUGGUGAAUACUAUGUGAUGCAUGAUUUAUUGCAUGAACUGUCUCGGAAUGUUUCGUCACAAGAGUGUGUGAACAUAAGUAGUUUAAGUUUCAGAGUCAACGACAUACCACAAUCUAUUCGGCACUUAUCAAUCACCGUAGAAGAUAAAUAUGAUGAAAGUUUUGGUCGAGAAAUAUGUAAACUGAGGAGUGUAAUAGACAUUGGAAAUUUGCGUACUUUGAUGGUUUUUGGACCACAUGAUGCAGAAACAGGUGAUAUUCUGAGAGAUGCAUUUGAAGGAAUAAAGAGUCUUCGAGUUCUAUUUAUACCUAGUCUCCCAGGCAGUUUGCCAAAAAGCUUUUCAAAUCUUAUCCACCUCCAAUACCUUACAAUCAUGCCACCUAGUGAUGCGGGCCAUUGCCUGUAUCUACCUAGGACAUUACCAAGAUUUUACCACUUGAAAUUCUUGGACCUCGAUGGUUGGUUUGGUUGGGAAUGUAAUGUAAUUUUGCCUAAAAACAUUAGCCGCCUCAUGAAUUUGCGCCAUAUUUAUUCUUCCAAAGAAUUCCAUUCCCGUAUUCCUAAGGUCGGAAAGAUGAAAUGGUUGCAGGAGCUAAGAGAAUUUGAUGUUAAGAAGGAAAGUGUUGGAUUUGAACUGAGCCAGCUGGGGGAACUGACAGAGCUUGGGCAGCUUGGUAUAUGUAAUCUUGAAACCGUGGCAUCCAAACAGGAAGCUAAUGAUGCUAAACUGAAGGAUAAAAGAAAUCUGAAAGAAUUGGAAUUAGUUUGGGGUCGAGGGGAACACACUAUAGACGGUGAUGUUCUUGAGGGUCUUCAACCACCCCCUAAUCUUAGCAAGCUUAGCAUUAUAAAUUAUGCUUUUGCCACUGGUCCUUGCUGGUUGUGCAGUGACAUUAGCAUAAAAAGGUUGGAGUCCCUACAUCUGGAGGGUAUAUCUUGGGAUACUCUUCCAUCUUUUGAGCAGUUACCACAUCUCACCAACCUCAAACUGAAGAAUAUUGCUGGGAUGCGUGUGUUUGGGCCUGGAUUUGGUGGUCUUACAGAGAGAAGUUUUAUGCACCUGAAGACGGUUCAUAUUGGGAAUAUGCCAGAACUUGAGGAAUGGGUCGGGGGGCCCAAUAGCCCUUUGUUUUCAAGGCUUGAAAGCAUUCGAUGCUUAUAUUGCCCCCUUCUGUCCUCGUUUUCCUUCUUGGAGUGUUGUACCAACCUUUGUCGACUCCAUAUUGUUGGUUGCCCAGAGUUAUCUCAGUUUGCCCCUCUGCCUCAUACUUCUACACUAACAGACUGUUCUGUGAACAAAGGGUUAUACACAGGUUUGACGUAUAAUGGAAAGUGUUUGACUGCUGUUAGGUAUGAGGGUGCGUUGGCCUUCCAAAAUCUGGAUAGAGUAGAGGUUAUACAAAUUUAUAGGUCACCACACGUUUCAUUGUCAGUGUCGGACCUCCAAAAGAUGAAGUCCCUGAGACAACUAGAUGCCAGAAGUUGCAGCAGCAUGUUCUCUGCAGAAUGGUUCAAUCCAGUCGUCCUUGAGGAAUUGGCAGCCCAUGACAAGUAUUUGGAAAAAAAUAUCUCUGUAGCAGCAGGUCUGAUCCCGGAGGUGGCAAUGAGCAAAUCACUGCAUCCAGGUUCAUUCCAACUGGAAGAAAUGGAGGUGGAGAACAUCUCGGCAGUGCUUAUUGCUCCCAUUUGCAGACGCCUUGCCGCAACCCUUCACACAUUAAAGUUCUGUAAUGAUGACGUGACUGAAACCAUCACGGGAGAGCAAGAGCAAGCGCUUAAUCUUCUCACCUCCCUCCAAAGUCUACGUUUUACAGGCUGCAAACUGCGGUCACUCCCUCGGCUAUAUGGCCUUUCUUCUCUCAGGGAAUUUUGGAUCAGUUACUGUGAUGGAAUCCAAUCACUGCCGCCCAAGGAGGACCUCCCCGCUUCACUGCUGGUACUUGACGUAAUGGGCUGCAGCCGUGAGAUAAAAGAGCAAGCCAAGAAUCUAAAAAAAGCAAAGCCUUGUUUGAUUGUUAAGCUCGCGGCAGAUGGUGGCCUUGACUGGGAUGCGCUUGCACAUACCGUCAGACUGGAGACUGGAUGCGCGCUCAGUCAGAGGUCGUGCAGUUACCUGGGCAUAGCUGAUACUCGUAGAGCCAUCGAUUUGAUCAAGGCAAGAUUAUAUUCUGAAUUUUGGGGAAAGGAGGAACACACAGGAGACAGUGGGCCCUUGUUCUGGGUGAAAUUCCGAAGGUCAUAUAGCCGUUUGUUACCAGAAGACUUCCCAUUUCUUGAAUGGGUAGGCUCUUCGUGAACUAUUGAUUAGUGCGUCUGUUGAUUGAUGGGAAUCAUCAGGAACCAUCAUGCUCACAAAAUCUUUUGAUUGAAUGAUGAGUUAUUUAAAGCAGCAGAGAUAUUCAAGGUUGUGAAGAGUUCAGCUGAUUGAUUAGCAGAGUAACUUCAAGUCAGCGCAUCAUCCAUACUGGAUAGCUUCUGCCACCGACUUGCCAGUUCAAGAAGAGAUAGAGAAUUAGAGAUGACUGUCACAUCACUUCAUAUUGGGGGAUUCUUUUGUGUACAAUGAAUCCACUUUGCUAAAGUGUUUGGGUGAUUCUUUUUUACAUUUUUAUAAAAAAUUCCACUUAAAAAUAGUCCAGAUCAGUUUGUAGUUUGCUCAUAAACACUUAUAGGAAUUUUUGUUAAUUUUUAUGAAGAUUAUUACAAUUUCCUGAUUUAAUAUUAUUCAUGUAGCCAGUCUUCUUGUAACGAAUAUAUUUAUGGCCAUGAAUUAAUUG